AUCCAAAAGCCCUGGCCGCCAUCUUCUCCCUCCAAACUCCGCGGCCCGUCGCUAUAAAUACCCCCCAACUCCCCUUCUUCUUCCGACCAUCUUCGAUUCCCUCCUCAGUUAUUUCUUCCUCUUCUUUCUCUGCAGGAAAAAAGAAAAACCGAUCACACGGCCAUCGCUUCAAUAACAUACUCUUUGUCUUUCACACCCGUUAUCAUUUCCUUCUGCACCCCCCUCAUGGACUGGUCGAGGAGUCGUGUUCCUCUCCCCGCAUUUGCGGCAUUCGCAUGCUGCCUACUUGUGAUGAUGUUGGGUGGUUCCGUCGUCCCCGUGGAAGCGUCCCAUGAGAUCUACCCCGAGCUUCAGUCCGUUAGCGUAACCAACAUUAAGAAAGUGCACCGCACGGGAUACCAUUUCCAGCCUCCCAAGCACUGGAUCAACGAUCCAAAUGGACCGAUGGUCUACAAGGGAAUAUAUCAUCUCUUCUACCAGUACAACCCCAAGGGGGCAGUAUGGGGCAACAUUAUCUGGGCCCACUCCGUCUCUAGGGACCUCGUCAACUGGAAGGCCCUCGAGCCGGCAAUAUACCCCUCCAAGCACUUCGACAUCGGGGGCUGCUGGUCCGGCUCUGCCACCAUCCUACCUGGGGACCGCCCUGUGAUCCUCUACACCGGCCUUGACAAAGAUGCAAUUGAGAUGCAAAACUACGCGAUUCCGUCGGACUUGACUGACCCUUACCUUCGUCACUGGACCAAGCCCGAUGACAACCCACUCAUAUAUCCAACUGAGGGCAUCAAUGCCAGCGCCUUCCGCGACCCCACCACCGCCUGGUUCUCUGGCGGCUACUGGAAGACAGUAAUUGGGAGCCGCCACAGGCGCCGUGGAAUUGCCCACCUCUACCGGAGCAAGGAUUUCCUCCACUGGGUCAAGGCCAAGCACCCCUUGCACUCAGUUCCGAACACAGGGAAUUGGGAGUGCCCUGAUUUCUUUCCAGUCCUGAAGGAGGGCAAGAACGGGUUGGACACUUCGUCAUUGGGAGAAAAUGUGAGGCACAUCCUGAAGGUGAGUUUAGAUGAGACGAGGUACGAGUACUAUACCAUUGGGACCUACGAUCCAAAGAUGGACAAGUACAUCCCCGACAACACCUCGGCAGAUGGGUGGGAUGGGCUGAGGUUGGACUAUGGAAACUUCUAUGCCUCCAAGACAUUCUUCGAUUCAAACAAGAACAGGAGGAUUUUGUGGGGUUGGGCUAAUGAGUCUGAUCCAAAAGAAAAUGACACCGCUAAAGGAUGGUCUGGGAUUCAGACGAUUCCAAGGACCAUGUGGCUCGACAGCAAUGGAAAGCAGCUCAUGCAUUGGCCUAUAGAAGAAAUUGAGAUGCUGCGAGGCAACAAGGUUGAGCUAGGCAAGACCACGCUUAAAAAGGGUGAACACGUCGAAGUGAAGGGAAUUACAGCUGCUCAGGCCGAUGUGGAGGUUGUGUUCUCGUUCUCAGAUCUCAAUGUAGCCGAGAAAUUCAACCCGAGCUGGGGAGCUGCCCACACCAUAUGUGCACAGAAAGGCUCGAACGUCCCAGGAGGGGUGGGCCCAUUCGGAAUCAUGACUCUGGCAACAGAGGAUUUCUACGAGUACACCCCAGUCUUCUUCAGGAUCUUCAAGGUCAAGAAUAAUAUGCAUAAAGUCGUUCUCUGCUCCGAUGCUAGGCCCUCUUCUUACGCGCCAGGCCUGUAUAAACCAGCAUUUGCUGGAUUCGUAGACGUGAACGUUACCAACGGCAAGCUUUCCCUCAGGAGCCUGAUCGAUAACUCGGUGGUGGAGAGCUUCGGGGCAGGAGGGAAGACUUGCAUCACCUCCAGGGUCUACCCGCAGAAAGCAAUCUAUGACAACGCUCACCUCUUCGCCUUCAACAAUGGGAUGGCGGUCAUCACGGUAGAGAAGCUGACCGCAUGGAGCAUGAAGAACGCGAACAGGAACGUCAGAGGCAGGAUCUAGUGCUUGCUUAGUUAGUAGCACGUAGGUUCUUUUGGGCUAUUUAGCAUUUACAUAGAAUGUUUUCGUCUGUCAGAAAGAAGAGUGAACCCUCCUUGUAAAUACAGGUCUCCCAUUAGCCAAUAGAGAGGAUCGUCCUAUCAGCCUGAAUUGCGAUUUGUUCCUCUUGCUCUAGAUAUCGAAUUUCACUUGCACGUGAGGGUAUGUAUCAUAUAUGCCAAUAAAACUCAACUUAGCUCAACAUGCUAUUGUCAGCUUGGAA